AUGAUUUCAACAAUCGGCACAACAGCAAUACAAACAACUACAGCACCAAACUCGCUAGUCAUGAAUCCAACAUCUAUGUUGGUAGAGAUGAAAAACUUCAUUCCUUCUUCAUAUACUUUCGAAACAAAAAUCCAGAAGAUAAAGCAGGAAUUGUUAACAUGUAAUUUAGACUGUACCGCACAGGAUGAAACAAAUGAACAGUAUCUUUAUGAAAUGCAGGACAUUAUUGACCAUUUACCCAAAUUGCCUGAAAUUCAGCAACAAAAACUCACUAUUCCCGAAUUUGACGAAAUUGAAGUGAAACCAACUGACUCAGUAGAAAUAAAGAAGUUCAUACGAAAGGUAAAUUAUGAAUUCCUUGGUUUUCAUUGCAACCAUAAGGUUAUGGACAAAGAUUGCGACAUGUUAUAUAAGAACAUCUCUGACCUUUACAAAUCUGAAGAAUUUAAGACCUACGACAACUUUGUUUCAUUAGUUGCAAAAUGUGUAUGGGAAAUAAGAGAUAAAGAUAGUAGGGGUAAGGUAUGGAAUGAACAGAUAAGACCCGCUAUGUUUGAGAUGAAGAGAGCAAUUGACGCCUUG